AGAUUACCAUGGUCCCUUCUUUAUAGGAAUCGAUUCCCACUUUCCAUAUAUCCACGUUUUGUAGGAACCAUUGAUUACAAUUUCCUAUUAAAAGACCUAAAAGGAAAGCAGAGAUCAUUUCUACAAAUUAAAGCAAAUUCAUCUUGACCAGCUAAACUAAAUUCAUUAGACAUGGAGAUCAUUCCAUUGAUGCCCAUUGCCUUCAUCAUACUCGUGUCUUCAUUUCCGGCUCCGAUUAAAGUAGCUGGCAAGGGUGGGGGUGGGGGUGGUCGCGUUGCUGGUGGUGGCAGCGGCUCCAUUGGUUUUGGCAGGAGUGGGAAUACUGGUAGGGGCGGCGUCAUUGGUGAUGAAAGUACUGUUGGCAUCGGUUAUAGGGGUGGAACUGCAAAAAACCCCAAGCCAGCUGGUGGUGGCGACCCCGGUGCGUCAAUUGUGGUCAUUCCCAAGCAGCCUGAGGAGAAGAAAGCGUAUCCAAUGCCACCAGAAUGCAAAACAGAGGUUCAAGAUUGCAUCAGGGCGCAUAUACACGGAGAAGCAAAGGCCCCUAAAUACCGCGGACCAUGUUGUGUGAAACUUAACACAUCAGUAGCAUGUGUGUGUAAGUUUCUUAAGUCCCAUGAUCAUAAGCUAAGAAAAGGUGCAAAUGAUGUACUUCGUGGUUGUAAUUUUAAUAAAACCAAAUGUUCAAAGGUGCCAAUGCCUCAAGUAUGCACACAAGAAGCCAAACAUUGCAUCCAUUCACAUAUAUACGGAGGCCUAGGGGCACCUCAACAUGGCGGGGCAUGUUGUCAGAAAUUUAAGUACUCAAAAAAAUGUGUUUGUACAUUCGUCAAGUCUAAUGAUCCUCACCUAAGCAGAAAAUCUAAAGGUGUCAUUCAAGGUUGUCAUUUUAAUAACGCCAAUUGUCAAAUUAAGAUCUAGGGACUGAUUAUGUAUAGGUAUAGCAUAAUGAAAUGAAAAUAAUAUCAAUGUAUAUAUAGUAUCUACAAAUUAUGCUUGGUUUUUUAUUUAAGUAUAUAGUAUUAUUAUUGGACUUACCAUUGUUGCCGUCUCAAUACCUCGUAGAGGUGGCUGCAUGCAUCAUCCG